GCUCCGGAAACGCGCCGAGGGGCUGCUGGGCUCACCCAGACGCGGUCCGCUCCGUGGCGCUUCCUGCCACGCCGGGCCUGCCUGGGCCGUGCCAGCGCCGCUUCGCCGAGGGCCGAGCGUCAACUGCCGCCUGGCCGAGGCUCCGAAGCGACCCUUCCUAGUAGCCGGACAUCCUGAGGAGGGGGCCGCAGCUGAAGGCGACCAGAAGACAUCUGGUUCCCUACCAUUUGGACACAGGAUUCACUGACAUUUGGCGACGUGGCAUAGUACCUUAGAAAAAGGGAGUGGUUGAGACUGGACACUGAGCAGAGGACGUGACUUCUGUGGAGUUCCAGUUCUGAAUCCUGCCUUGAUCUCUCACCUGGUACAAAAGCACACGCUGUUGAUAUCAGACCCUUAAUAUGGAUCGCACUAAGUGUUCUGGAAGCAUCUCGCUCACCGAACACCAGAAGAUGGAUGAAGACGCCCAACCACAGGAGAUGGCAUCCACGAGCUUCUCGAGGGCCAGUCAGCCCAACGCUGAGGUCAAACAGAAUGGGGACUCUGAGGGGAGGGGAGGGAGCCCUCAGAAUCUGCCCAUAGAACAUCACUUUUCAUGUAAAGAGUGUGGGGAUGCCUUUCGGCUUAAGGUCCUCCUUGUGCAGCACCAGAGAAUUCAUAGUGAGGUGAAGGGCUGGGAGUGUGGCGAUUGUGGGAAGGUCUUCAGGGUGGUCUCUGAGUUCAAUGAGCACCGGAAGAGCCAUGUGGCUGCAGAGCCCCGGCCCGGCCCAAGCCGGGCCCUUGAGGAUGCCGUGGAAAACAGAGAGCAAAUGGAGAAGGAGGCGAAGCCCUUUGAGUGUGAAGAAUGUGGGAAAAGAUUUAAGAAGAACGCGGGCCUCAGUCAACACCUGCGCGUGCACAGCCGGGAGAAGCCUUUUGAUUGUGAAGAGUGCGGGCGGUCCUUCAAAGUGAACACCCACCUCUUUCACCAUCAGAAGCUUCACAUUUUGGAAAAGCCCUUUGCCUGCAAGGCAUGCAGCAGGGAUUUCCUGGAUCGCCAGGAACUUCUCAAGCACCAGCGAAUGCACACCGGCCAUCUGCCCUUCGACUGCGACGACUGCGGCAAGUCCUUCCGUGGGGUCAAUGGCCUGGCCGAGCACCAGCGCAUCCACAGCGGCGCCAAGCCCUACGGGUGCCCCCACUGCGGCAAGCUCUUCCGCAGGAGCUCGGAGCUCACGAAGCAUCGCCGGAUCCACACCGGCGAGAAGCCGUACGAGUGCGGCCAGUGCGGGAAGGCCUUCCGGCAGAGCUCCAGCCUCCUGGAGCAUCAGCGCAUCCACACCGGGGAGCGGCCCUACGUGUGCGGCGACUGCGGCAAGGCCUUCCGGGGGCCCUCCGACCUGAUCAAACACCGACGGAUCCACAGUGGACUGAAACCCUACGAGUGCGACAAGUGCGGGAAGGCCUUCCGGAGGAGCUCGGGUCUCAGCCGCCAUCGCAGAACCCACAGUGGAGCAAGACGCUGUGAGUGCAGUGAAUGUGGCCGCGUGUUCAAGAGGCGGUCGGCGCUGCAGAAGCACCAGCCAACCCACCAUGAGUAGACGUGGCCCGCAGCCCCUCGGCUGUCAGCGGGUUCCGGCAGGAACCCCGGGGCCCUAGAGUGGGAUGGCAAGUAGUCAAAGGAGAUGAACAGUUUUGUAGCGCUUAUAUAUUUUAUUGUCAGAAAGGUCAAAACCAAUUUAUACUGCCACCAGCAAUUUCUAAGUGUACAUUUCCCAUUUUUGCCUCUCGAGAGGAGCUUUUUCCAUUUUGAUCGAUUUUGGCUAGUUUUAAUAGGCAUAGAGUACCUUCAAGGCAUUUAAAUCCGCAGGCCUUGAAUCUGAGGAUGAGAGAAGAGAAACCCGGAUGUGGGGGGUGAGUGUGGAGGGGGUUUCUUGGUCCUCCCUUCCACGCUCCCACCUCAGGGAAACUGAGACAGAGCUAUUCAGUGAUGGCGUCCAUAGAACGUGAGCCCGACUUUCCCGAAGAGAUCACCCCAAACUCUUUUGGCCUACUGGAAUUUAUAAAUUUUUAGGGAUGUAAAUAGAAUACUCAAAUGGGUUAUAAUAUUUAAUUUAUUAAUUUAGUUAUACGUACAUAUAAUAAAUCACAUGUUAUAUAGAAUAAUAUAUUAAUUUACAAAAUACUCUGUUUUUCCCCCACGCUCCGUCCCAUGAGAUCAUUUUGUUCUGACUCCUCUUUACCAACCCGAGGAGCCCCUUUUGAGUCAUCGGUUUCAAAGCUCAUUUAAUGCUUUCCAUCCACCUGAGCUGUGUGCCAUGUAGCACUGUGACAAUCCCUGCACAAGGCUUUCACUAGAAAUUUCCUCCCAAGCCAUAUGUUCAUGUUCAUGUAACAUUAGGACAAUUUUUUUUUUUUAAUUUGUUCUGUAGCUCUACAACAUAAUCACCUAAAGUAUUGCAUUUUCAAAUGACCUUUAAAAGCCUUUUUUUUUUUUUUUUGGAAGCAUCUAAAACUUGUCAUUGUGAGGUCAUGAUCCUAGGUUAAGUUUUUUUUGUGUCCUCUUAAACUAAUUCAAUUCAGUGACUCACACAUAUCCAAAACUAGCGUCAAUUGGGGUUUGUUUCGGGUUAACGGGUCUUGUCCUCAGCAACACUAUUUCGUUCAAAAUAAAGUAGUUGAGAGAGCAUCCUCAUCGUAACAGGAACGUCUCAAGGACUCAAGUGUAAAGUGACGCCUCCUUUUCAGGCACAAUCGCCUCUCAUGUGAGACCUAGAUGGUACUUCUCAAACCCUCCGUUUCCAGCUCUCAACGGAGGUGAUCACAGGACUACCUCCUAAGGUUAUGGUGAGGACUGCGACGCCAUGCCUGGCACCGAAGGAUACUCAGUGAAAGGCAUCUGCUGUCAUCGUCGUAGUUAUUGCUGUCAUUCUAUGGCUCAUUAGUACCAGAACUGGGGAUGGACCCAGGCCUCCUGACUCCUAGUCUCAUCAUCUUUCUCUCAUGCGAUGACUUAAAUACUGUUUCCGUUUUCUUGCAUGCGAAUGGUACGUUCAUCUCCUUUGACCAGUUAUCGAGUUACCUUUGGAUAUAUUGACUUUAUACAGCAGUUCUUUCUAUAUCGAUUGUGACGAUCUCUUUUCCAAUUUUAUUGCUUUGCUCUUUGUAGCAGAUUUAUUACAUUUUUGUUAAGCAAGCUUUUGAUUUUUACUUAUCCAAGCAUUCCUUGUUGUCCGUUAAGUCGUAACUUUCAUCGCUUUGGUAGUUAGAUAUGAUGACAUUUUCUUCUAGAAUUUUAAUUACAAAUGAAAAGUUGAAAACCCUGACCCACCAGAAGGUGAACGUGCCAGGUGGGCAGGCUGGAUGAGAAUGGGCCAGAGAAGCAGGCUCACUCCUCAUCCAAGCUGCAGACUCUGCAUGUCUGUGGGCAGUACUUGACUAUCCAACCUCGCCACUCAGGCACGCGAGAGAAAUUUCCAUCACAGAUUGGCCAGAACACUCUGACUGUUCCUCAAUCAAGCCCUAGCCAUCAGCAGUAGGGCUGGGCCUCACCUAGAUCAAUGGGGUGGUCCAAACUUGGUCUUGGCAGCAGCCAGGCCAUCCUUUGAGCUCCUGGGAGCCUUGGCCAUGCCUGGCGUGGAUUCAGUGCCUGAACAACAGAUCCACCCAAGAGACAUCUCAAACACGAGAAGACUCACCUGACGAUGCUGUCACGUGAAUCGCAUCCUCCUCUUAGCGAGUGACUCUGGAACAAGAAAGAGGUCGGUUUGGUGGCUUCCACUUCUGUCAACUAAGGGGAAAUUCACCCACGUGUUCUGACGUCACCUGCAGCCACACCUAAGAGGGACAACAGAGCAAAGGCUCGGAGAGGAACCGUGCCCCUCUGAUGGCCUGCGUGUCAUGGUGAUAGAAGCUGGCCGCACCAGGCCUGGGCUGUGACUUACAGCAGCUGUGCCCAGGAGGGGCAAUAAAACAAGGGUUUGGAGGGCAACCAUGCCCUUCUGAUGGCCUGUGUGGCAUAGAAAUAGAAGCUGGUCAUCCUGGGGCCGGGCUGUCACUUCUAGCACCCUCCCCCAGGAGGAACAGCAACAAGGGCUAGCCAGGAGCCUGGCCCCUCCUGCAGAGCCUGCAGGUAGAAGCCGGCCACGCUGGGGCUACGGCGUGACUUCCCAGCAGCUGUGCCCGGAGUAGGGGGGCACUGAAGGGCCUGGAGAGGAAGUGUGCCCUUCUGAUGGGCCCACCGAGGCUGAGGCGGACCUUCCCAGGAGCCGCAGUCCUGGGAGGCAGGGUCUCACAGUGACCCCUUUGACCUUAGCCAGAAGGUACUCUGGAAUGGCCCCCAAGCCACACCAGUGGCUCUCUGCGACAUCUCCAUCCUGAGCCCCAGGCUGGAGAGCCGCCGACAGCAUUUGUUACAUAGCGAUUCCUUUUGCUCCGUGGGCUUCAGUUCUUGCAGUAGUUGUGAAUCUGUGUCUGAGAUUGCUACUUCCUUCUCUCAGCAGUUUUCUCUUUUCAAGCUGUUAUGAUGUGUUUGAUCCAAGUGUCAUUUGGUAAGGAAUGGUGACGUCCACGACGGGCAAGUCUGGCACCUGUACCCGCAAGUACUCCGCCAUUUCUUGCCCAUUCACUAGGCAUUUGUCAGGUUAUAUGAAGGUUCCAGAUGCAGUAUUAACUCGGAACUUAGCAUCGUUGUCACUGCUCCAUUUUCCCCAGCCGGGACACCGUGUCCUGGCAACCCCGUCACACCCUCCUUUACUUUUUUUCAAUUCCCGGUUCUAUCAUUUUCUCUCAAACAAACCCUCUUCCAGAGUUAACACUAAAGACCGCAUCUUUUCCGUCACUGUGUUUGCGGGUGAAGUCCAUGCUCUCCAAACGCAAGCAGUCUGUGGCUUUCACGUGUUUCCUGUAGCCGCGCCGAGUUCUGUUCUGGCCUCUGGUACCUUGGGGGUGGAUUUUCUGGGAUUCUCUAGGUAUACUGCUACGUCAGAUGCAAAAUGUGAUUGAGCUUUCUGUCGUGUGUGCUUGUCUAUGCAUUCGUGUAUCUACCUCAUUUCAUUUUUCUUUCUAAUCACAUGGAAUCCUUUAACAAGGGAAAUGAGCAGUUGGGUUACAAGUAUAUCCUUUUCUUAUAUUCUGAAAGAAACCCUCCAUGGCUUUUAUUAAAGUUUUGAAUACUUGCUGAAAUUUUCAAAAGAAAGUAAUUGUUUACUGUUUUUGCUGCUUGAGAUUAACCGUGUUGAUUAGUUGUGCCAUACUCAUUCUCACAUUUCCAAAAUGAGCCCCGCCCGAUUACAGUGGGCCUCUUUCUCACGUGGUGUUCCAUUCCGAGUGCCCCCGGCUUCGGCCCUGUUGUGUGCCAUGUGACCCCCGACCCCCUGUUCUAGGCCACAUUAAUUAAAGCAGAACUGAUCACCUAACUCGAGGGCAGCAAACGGUCGCCAGAGCUGGCUGGAGAUGACGGGCCGGGCCUUUCGGAUUCUGCGAACGAUGGAAAAUAAGAAGGUUCUAGUUGGUAUUGGAAGAAAGAGAGCGCCUCGCGGUAUUUACAGGAGUUGGGCGAGCGGCACUGGCUUGAAGAUCUAUUGGUUCCUGCGAAACACCCCAGAGCCGCCUCAAUCCCAGCACCCCGAGAAAGGCCCGGCCUCAUUAUGUUCUGAUGGCUGCCCUCAUCGGUCCACUUGUGUCCCCACCAUCGACUUCUUUGACUUGAGCCAGCUCAAGUGGGCCUCUGCAUUUUGCAGUCUGUCAAGAGCCAAUUGCAUUUUACCAUUUUGCUGCUUCCCGAGAAGUAUCGCGUGAUUGGCUUUUCUCAUGUUCUACCUGGCCUAAGUCCCACCUGACUUGUAAACACCUGUUUAAAUGUGGUACUGUAUUCUGUUCACUAAGAGGGGUGAAAUAUCUAUGCCUUCUAGUUUCAGCGAGUUUGACCAAUGCUUUUCUGUCAUUAUCAUUCGUGUACUGACCCCAAGUUUGCUCCAUGAAAGGAGUUAAGUCCCCACCCACCACGUUCUUGAUUUUGGAAGUGUCUCCCUAUUUCCAGCAAGUUUAUCAGAGUGAGGAAUUGAUAAUUUCUCUAUUUCUAUGUAUACUUAACAUUCUGUAAUUGUCAUUGCAUCACUUUGGGUGUUUACUUUCAACAGUAGAAAUGGGCUCUUUAAACUUGGCCUUCGGCGUUAUUUGCAUAUCUAAGAACAGUAGCUAUGUCCUGCCCCAGUUUGAUUUCGGUUGUUGGCACUUUUCUCUUAACUCCCAGUCUCCUUAACUUGUCUGUUUUAUGGCACUUACUAUAAUCAGCCUUGCACUAGAGCUUUGCCCUCCCCCUCCCCCACCCAAUAGAGUGUGAGCUCUUAGAAGACAGGGGUGGCCCUUCAUGUCUAAUUCCCCUACCAGAUCUAGCACAGUGCCUUGCAUCAAGUAGAUUUCAAUAAAUAUAUGUUAAAUGGCA